AUGGCUUUCGCGCCCACCUUCCACCUGCCCGUCAGCGCCUCCCUUCUCGCGCCAUCCCGCACGUCUCCCCCGCGCGCCGCCAUCCCGGGCGCAAGCUACCGUCGCUGCAGUCCCGCCAUUCGCCGUUCGUCUGUUUCGCGAUCUCCUCCCGUCGCCAGCUAUGCUGCAAAGAGCGUUUUUGCUACAGGAGGUGACGCCGCGUUGCCAAUGGUAGUGCGACGAGGAGCAGCCGGUGCGACGAGACACUCCGCCGUCGCGGCGGCGGGGGAUGCGGCGAGCCUGCCCGAGGCGCUGCUGUUCGACUGCGACGGCGUGCUGGUGGACACGGAGAGGGACGGCCACCGCGUGUCGUUCAACCAGGCGUUCGAGGAGGUGAGAGGGAGUGUGAGGGGGAGAGAUGCAUGUGCUGACUGUGACUAUGGGGAGGUUGCAGGGGAGAAUGGGAGCGGGGUCAUAAGAGUGUUGUGUGUGACGGCGUGGUUGACACGGUUUGGAACGGCCACCGCGUGUCGUUCAGCCAGGCGUUUGCGGAGGUGGGGGGGGUUGCAUGGGAGGAGGGGAGUGGGGAGAUACGCCCUUGAUUCGAUGCGGGGAGACAGUGGUAGUGACGCUGAGACUGCUGAAAGGGUUGACAGGGAGAAUGACACGGCUGACAGGGAUGACACGCCUGACAGGGAUGACAUGGCUGACAGGGAUGAAACGCUUGACAGGGAUGACAUGGCUGACAGGGAUGACACGGCUGACAGGGAGGAUGACACGUCUGACACGGAGGAUGACACGUCUGACAGGGAGGAUGACACACCUGUGGCCGAGAGAGAUGACACGGGUGGGGACGUGCCUCUCUGGUUGGGAGUGACGUGGGACGUGCCUCUCUAUGGCCAGCUGAUCAAGAUUGCACUGACCAACGACCCCUCUCCUCAUUCUCUCUCCCCUAUCCCCUGCUGCUGUGCUCUGCCACACUCGCACCUUGUCGCAGAAAGGAAAGGGCUGGCAGUGGCGUGGGACGUGCCUCUGUAUGGCGAGCUGCUCAACGUUGCACCAACCAACGCCCCCUCCCCUCAGUCUCUCUCCCCUCUCCCGUGCUGCUGUGCUGUGCUGCACUCGCCCCCUGUCGCAGAAAGGGCUGGGAGUGACGUGGCGAAACUAUG